CCUACCAUGGCUGAGCCCAACAACAACUCGCGCGCAGAUUGCAACCUCGCCAGGCUCACGCCUGAGCUCAUCCAGCGAGUCGCAAGCUUUCUCCAUCCGAACGAGGUCACAAGCAGCUUUAAACUUGUCAAUAAAGAGAUCGCUGCGAGCCUUCGCCACGACUACAAAACCUUCAAGCUGCGUCGUGCCCCGGCCCCGGCGCGGUUCUGCCCCACGGUCCUCGAAGCGCUCGCCCUGCCCCCUCUCGCGCUGCUGCCAUGGCCCGGCGCUAGCUUCGUGUCGCAAUGGGGCUGCCCCGAGCCCUGGCGGGUCCUGACUCGGCGCCAGCGGCAGCGGCUGCUGUGCCUAGCAGCCUCCAGCCACCACGCCCCCAGCCUGGACGCGGCGCUGGCGCACUGCGGGGCGCGAGUCGUGCCGGAGGUGCUCGCGGCGGCGGCGGCCGUGGGCGACGUGAAUGCCUGCGAGCGGCUGCUGAAUGAGGAGGGCUGCGAGUGGGAUGCAGUGGUUGUUUGGAGCGCCGCGAUCAUGUCUGGGCAGCUCGGCGUGUGCCGCUGGCUUCAGGAGAACGGCGUCGAGGCGGUGGCGGCACAGGCGCCGGGCCCAGAUACCUUCCUGUCGCUAAAGAUUUAAAGCCCUGGUAUCGCAUGUGGAAGCCGUGGCCUGCUUCUGCGGCCAGCGAGAGCUACUCGGCAUGCUGCAGGCGCCGGGGGGCACCGGCGCAAGCACCGGCGCAGCAGGAAUGGGGCACACUUCCACCCGCGGCCCGCAGGCGCACGCAGGGCUGGCGGCCGCGGCUGCGGAGGGCGGCCAGGUGGAAUUGCUGGAGCUGCUGCAGCUGCUGGGAGAACUGGCGGCGCCGCCCAUGAGCAACAACGACAACGACCAGCACUUCAUCAUGUUGGGUGUGGCCUACGGCUGCCCCUUAGAGGUGCUGCAGCGGUGCUGCGAGCGGGCGUUCGGCGGCGGCGCGGAGGACGGCGCGGCAGAGGGCGCGGCAGAGGGCGCGGGCGCAGGCGCGGGCGCGGGCGCGGGCGGGGGAGGCGCGGAGGGCGGCCUGCAGGCGGCAGUGUCCGUUCGCCACAGCCGCCGGCAGCAGCUGCUGCUUCGAGCAGCCACCAGCCCCACACCCGACUGGGCAGUCAAGUGCGAGUGGCUGCUGUUGGGCUGGGGCUCGGAGCCCCGGCAGUGGGCCCCCAUCAACAUCGACAGUACGGAUACAGUACUAGUCCAGGACCUCUGGCGCCACGCGGCUACACAGCCCGGCUACGCGCAGCGGCUGCAGUGGCUGGCGGCUCGGGGGCUGCCGUUGCCUAAUGCAGCGUUGGAGGCGGCUGGCUGGGCCGGCGACCUGGCUGCGGUGGAGUUUUGCUUGGCGGUAGAGGAGGAGGCGGAGCCGGUGCUUCCGAAGAUUCUGGCAACUGCAGCGCUGGCGGCUGGGCAGGUGCCGGUGCUGCGGCUGCUGCGAGGCCGGGGCGAGGCUGUUGAUUGGGGCGACCUGGUUGAUGCGGUAAUGUUCGAGUGCGUCUGUGAGGAUGCGGGCUGCAGCGACUCUCCGUGCCUGCCCGCGCUGAGGUACCUGGCAAUGGAGGGCGGGCUGGACAAGGCGGAGGAGGCAGCCGUGGACUGGUCGGAGGUGUUCACCAGCGUGGCGCAGCAUGGGGCAGACCUAGCCCUCCUCCGGAACCUGCACGAACAGCGCGGCGCGGCGUUCGACCCCAAGGCUGUGGCCGAGGGCGGCAGCGAGGAGCAGCUGGAGUGGGCGAUGCAGCUGGUGCAACAGCCGGGAUCGGGGCGCGUGAGCGGCUACGGCCAGGUGGAGCUGUUUGAAGCCGCUCUUGAGGCCGGGAACUGGGCCACUGCGGACUGGCUGUACCGCCGCGGCCUCCUCGGGCCCGGCUGCACGCCGCAGCAGGAGCAGUGGCACCUGCAACGCGUGUUCCGUGACGUCGCUGGACAGAUGGGUGACUCCAGUGACGACAGCAGGGUCGUGCCAACGCUGUGGCACCUGUACCGCUGGUGCAAUAUGCAGUGGAGCACGAAGUGCCGGCGUGCGCUACAGGAGUGCGCGGUGCGGGCCGCGCACCUUGGGAGGCUGCGUGUGGUGAGCGGGCAGGCGCGGCAGACGCGGGAGAUGCUGCGGGAUGCGGACGCGGCGCUGGCGGUCGGCCGCUGCGGCGGCGGGGCGCGGAGGGAGUCGGUCGUGAGCGAGGAGGAAGGGAGCGAGGAGAGCGAGGAGAGCGAGGAGUGAGGAGGACGAGGAAGGGAGUGAGGAGGAAAGCGAGGAGGGAGCGAGGUAAUGAGGAGGAAGCAGUGUAGGCGAAAGGCAGUAUGUGCACGGCAAGGGUGGAGGCACUUGUAGCUGUGUGUUAACACGCGGCUCUAAGAAUGCGCAGGACUGACUCAAGCUAUGGCUGGGGAUCGUAGGCUUGGGGUGCCCCUGGGUCCCCUUUGGCGGGAAUGUUAUGAAAUCGAGGCUUCCGCACAAGCAUGGAGAGUGGUGUCCCGCACUCAAAGUGCCUCCGUGCGAUGUGGGUAUAAGUUUGUGGCCAACAAGCGCGGCAUGGCAGCAUGCAAGUGUGUUCGUGGCAGCCUGGCAAGAAAGGGCCAUGGCCCAUACCUUUGCUGCAUGCAGCUUCCAGGGCAGUACUUGUGUCUGAUGAGUGAUGACCGACGUCUUGUAAGCGGUGCUUGGC